AUGGCCUAUUACUAUGACAAUGUCCAUGGAGGACAUUUUACCCAAGACCAGGUACCUUACUACGAAGAACAGAGUUACAGCCAGAUGCCCAUGGCUUACUUUGGAAGCUCAACAACCUCGAGCUCCCCGACACCAGUCGACCCUAGCCUUGGAUCCUUCUCCCAUUCGCAAUGCCAAACUCCAUGGCCGACACAUCAAACCCACCAGAUUCAACAAUACAUGGAUGGACCACGAACAGCCUUCUUCGUCCAUGAAAAUGCCCCAGUUUUGCUCGGUGUAAGCCAAUCUACCAAGGAGUCAAACCCUCUACCUCCAGCUUCACAGAGGAGACACGGUUCCCCGUGUUCUCAGCAGACGCUGUCCAGCAGUGAUUCCCAUAGCCCACCCACGGAGAGUGACGUCCUACCCGCAACUCCUCCGGACCACUCAGCCACUUCUCCUUUCUUGCAGCAUAAGCAGGUCUUUGGAAACUGGGAACCCCAACUACAGUCCCAGACGCUCUUUGGAAUGAAUAUGCAAGGGAAUAUUUGUGUUAAUCCUUACGAAGUGAACGACAUGUUCGAGAAGGAGGUAGUCCCAACGAGCUUUGAUACUGCAACCUUCAGCUUCUGCUGCUCAGAGUCUGAUGAGGCCAGUAUUGCCCAGCACUCAACUUUAUCGUCACGGCAAAUCACCCCAGAGCCCGUCAUCAAGCAGGAGGCAACCAUGGCCGACCUACCAUUCCAUCCAAACUACCCUGAUCCUGAAUCGAACGGUACAAAUAUCUUUGAACCAGAGAUCAAGGCCGAGCCUCUUGCCGUUGACGACGACAAAGACCUGGACUACAAGCCAAAGCCUUCGAGAAAACGUUCCCGUAAUACCACGGCCAGAUCUCAGGCUCGCCCCUCCGGUUCGCCUCAUGAACGAAAGCGGUCCAAGGUUAACAACGACAUCGGUAGUCUAUCUUCAACGAGACUAAACGCAACACUUUCGUCGAUGAGGAACCCCAAAAUCCAUUGCAAAGAGUGCAACACCCCCUUUUCCGACGAGAGCACCCACCAGAAGCACAUGAAGCAACAUCAUACCCGCCCCUUUGUGUGCGUCUUCAACUACGCUGGCUGCCCAUCCACGUUUGCCAGCAAGAACGAAUGGAAGCGUCACGUAAGCUCUCAACACUUGGCUCUCCAGUACUGGCUCUGCGAGCAAGACGGCUGCUCCAAAACUACCAACCCUCCAACCAACCGACGUUCCUCCUCCUCCUCCUCCUCCUGCUCCGUCACACCAACGCCACCCGCUCUACCAAACGGCGCCAUCUUCAACCGCAAAGAUCUCUACACACAACACGUUCGCCGCAUGCAUGUGCCGCCACAUGUACGGAAGGCCCAGAAGCAGAAGAAGCCCACCCCUGAGUGGGACGAGAAUCUCAAGGCUCUCCAGACGGACGCGGAGAAGAUUCGCUGCGAUCUUCCGAGAUAUAUGCGCUGUCCCGCUGCCGACUGCGGACACGACUUCAACGGACCCCAGGCUUGGGAUGAACGCAUGGAGCACGUUGCGCGACACCUCGAGCGCGCCGCCGAGGGAAAGGAGCCUAUGGUCCAUUUUGGCGGAGAGCACGACCUUACACUCACACAAUGGGCUUCCAGCGCUGAUGUCUACGUUGUCCGGCGGACACGAAACAUGACAGCCGAAUGGGAACUCAUUAACCCGCUCAAGGGAGAGGUUGGUCCCUCUGCUGGCAACGGCAAGGGGAGCAGCAGCACCGUCACAAACUCAACUGUUCACAAGGAAAUUGUUGUUGCAGUCUGCUCCGAUGAAGAUGCUGAGGGUGAGGACGAAGAGUGA